GGUUCCGUCCUCGUCGCGGUUUCACUGUGGAUGUAUGAUUCCAAGAAAAGAUCAAUAGCAGAUUUGCUGGGGUAAUGGCUAUGAUUCCCAAUCUUCAAAGGCAUCUGCUUUUCAAUGGCAGAAACGCCCAACACCCAUUUUCACAUUGCCUUUCCACUCUCAGCCACCUCUUUUCCCCUCCUUCCACCGCCGCCGCAGACGACAAUGACGCAAAACCCCCUGACGAUGCGAAGCCCAAAUUGAGCCCUCGAAAGAAGGCUCAAGCCUUGGCUGAGCUCAUUAAGUUCCAGCCAUGGUCACCUAAAACCGAGUCCUCUCUCUCCGCUCUCUCCGGCCCCUCUCUCUCCGAGACCACCGUUAUCCACACCAUCCGCCUCCUCAAAACUCCCCGGAAAGCCUUGAAUUUCUUCGUCUGGGCCGAGCAAAAAGGCUGCGCACUCACAUCCCAAUGCUAUUUCCGAAUGCUGGAACUCCUCGGGACCGAGAGGAACCUCAACACCGCCCGGAACUUCCUCUUCUCCAUCCCCAAGAGGUCCAAUGGCGCCGUGCCGCUCGAAGCCAGGUUCUUUAACAGCCUGAUCAAGAACUACGCCGUAGCUGGGCUGUUUCAAGAGUCAUUGAAGCUUUUCACCACUAUGAAGGUAAUUGGGAUUUCCCCAUCAGUAGUUACAUUCAAUACUUUGUUCUCAAUUUUGAUGAAAAGGGGUCGAACUGGUAUGGUCUAUGACCUGUUUGAUGAAAUGCUCAAGACAUUUGGUGUGAAGCCCGAUUUGUAUACCUUUAAUAUUUUGAUUAGAGGGUGCUGUAUGAAUUCUAUGGUGGAUCAAGGGUUUAGGUUCUUUAAAGAAAUGGAGAAGCAUGAGUGUGAGCCUGAUGUGAUCACGUAUAAUACGAUUGUUGAUGGGUUGUGUAGGGCUGGGAAAGUAGAAAUUGCACAUAAUGUUGUCAAAGGUAUGCUCAAAAAGGGCUCAGAUUUGAGUCCUAAUGUUGUUACAUACACCACAUUGGUCAGAGGGUAUUGUGAGAAGCAAGAUGUUGAGGCGGCUUUGAAUGUUUUUAAAGAGAUGGUUGAUCGUGGCCCAGAACCGAAUAGCAUUACUUAUAACACUCUUAUACAAGGGCUUCUUGAGGCUCGGAAGUUUGAUAAGGUAAAGGAGUUAUUCAAGGGAGCUGGAGAGGACGGAAGAUUUGUUCCUGAUACAUGUACAUUCAACACAUUGAUCCACGCGCAUUGCAGUGAUGGGAAUUUGAAGGCCGCGCUAGAAUCUUUUGAGAAGAUGUCAAUCCUAAACGUUGCUCCCGAUUCAGCUACAUACAGUAUCUUGAUACGGUGCUUAUGCCAGAAAGGAGAUUUUGAGAUGGCCGAGAAAUUCUUUGAUGAGUUAUUUAAGACAGGAACUUUGUUAUCUGAUGCUGGAUGCAGGCCUGUUGUUGCAGCAUACAACCCCAUGUUCAAAUAUUUGUGUGAGAAUGGGAAGACAAAGAAGGCUGAGAAAGUUUUUAGACAGCUAAUGAGAAUGGGAGUUCAAGAUCCUUUGACUUUCAAGACUUUGAUCAUGGGAAAUUGCAACGAGGGCAUGUCUGAAGAUGGACAUGAACUCUUGGUUUGGAUGUUAAGGAGAAAUUUCGUGCCUGAUUUUGAGACGUAUGAGUCUCUGCUUGAGGGCCUGCUGCACGAGGGCAAGCCCAGACUUGCCUAUGAUACUCUGGAGAAAAUGCUGAAGAGCUCACAUCUUCCUAAAACAUGUGUUUUCCAUAGCAUCCUUACGGAGCUUGUCAAACAGAAUUGUGCUCUCGAGUGUGCUGACCUAGUGGUGUUAAUGUUGGUUAAAAAAAUAAGACAAAAUAUCAAUCUCUCAACAGAUACUGUAAGGAUACUUUUCAAAGCGGGUUUGAGGGAGAGGGCAUUCGAGAUUCUUGGAUGUCUUUAUGAUAAUGGGUAUUUGGUAAAUAUGCAAGAAUUGAUUGUCUUUCUUUCCCAGGGGAAAAAGUUAUCGGAAGCACGUGAAUUGUUACUGUUUAGCCUAAAGAAUUGUCAGAGCGUUCGUAUAGAAAUAUGCAGCAGUAUUCUGUCUGCACUCUGUAAAGCCUGCAGAGCUCGAGAAGCUUUUGAGCUUUACUAUGAAUUAGUGGAGAGACAAGUUGAACUACCUCUGAACUGCUUAGAGGAUUUAAGGCUUAGACUUGAGGUAGAAGGAAGGUCUAAAGAAGCUGAAUUUGUUGCCAAGAGAAUGCCGAGACUUGAGGUAGCUUUGGAUUACAUUGAUCCAAGGAUCACGUAAAAAGUUUGUUGUAGAUUUACAUUUGCAGUGCUAAAUCAGUUAGUUCUUGGGGAAUCCAGAAAGCAUCAUAUCAUCGUAUUGGUGAUGUCUUCAGAGAUAGAAGAUUAUCCAAAUCCGACGUCCUUGACUUGUCAGCUUGAGGCGGGCCAAAAAUCUCCCAGAAGCGAAGAGUUUCAUCUGCUCCGGCUGACACCACAGUCAAUCCGUCAGGGCUCUGCAAUGUAGUACACUUUGUUAUUUUCAGACUAUAGUUCUCAUUCCAUUCAAAUGAACAUAGUCACACACUGACACACACCUGUGAGAGAUGUAGAGCUCUCGAGGCAUGAUUCCAUGAAUCGUUUAUUUUGGACAUGGAAGGAUACCUCCAUAAGCAUAACUUCCCUGUUCCAUCGGCCCUCUCUCCAAAGCCAUGGCCGCUUAAAAGCUCCUUAUGAUGCUUGUUCCAUUGCAACCCACAAAUCUGGUCACCUCACCAAGUUUUUCGAGAAAGUGCUGCUAAUGCAUGCUCCCUGUCUAAUGCUCCACAUCUUAAUGCACCCAUCAAAUGUCCCUCCUCCCGAAGCUAACACAUCGUAGUUAUAUGGACACCAUGCGAGGGCCUUCACUGCUGCAGAAUGAUCAUUGAAUCUAUGCAAAUAAUCCCUCGAGCUCAUCUUGAAAGUAUCCCAUAUAUAAACAAGAUUGUCAUUCCCACCACUCACGAGAAAAUUGCCUGUUCCAGACCACUUCAAGCCACAGACUUCUCGUGUGUGUGCUUUUAGAAGAGAUAUCAAGCUGUUGCUCACUCUCACUGCCAAUAGUAGAGGUGAAACAAGUUAGUUAAUUUGUUGUCGUAAGCAAUAAAAGAUGUUGAAAAUCAUUUACCAUCAUGAUGAAUAAUGGAUCUGUCGAAGCUUCCUGAUGUUAGAACAUGACCAUUCCAUGCUAUAGAUCCAACCCUCCCCUCGUGGCCUUUCAGGCAUCUUACCUGUUUCAGCAAUCACCAAUAAGGUUAUGUGGAAGGGAUUCUCUCUUAUAUUCAUAAUGUUUUUUCAGAGAUGGGUCUUACAAUCUUUGAAGUCUCGGCAUCCCAAAGCUGAAUCUUGGAGCUUGCACAUCCAACUCCUAAUGUUUUUGCAUCAGUAGACCAUGCAAUACUGCUAGGAUAAUCAUCUUGAUUAUUCUCGUCCUCUUCCAACUGCUGAAUUCCAUGGUUGGUGGCAUUCCACAGACUGAAUGCAGUAUAGCAGGUUACUCAGCUCUGAAGCCUCAGAUGAUUCUGAAUAGCAAAACAGCAAGAAUGUUUACCUUGGGGAAAGCUCGGAAUUGUUUAUUGACAUCAGUACAUGAAAAGCUUUCCUCAUCACUGCGCCGCAUUUCAUCAAUUUCUCUAAUUGAUUUUCUGCUGCCCUUAGGACUCCCCCUGAACACCAACAUUCUGAAUGGCCUUCCUUCUUCAUCCAACUUCAAAGCUGCUUCCAGUCUCCUUCUGUAUUCACCCUUCAUUUACACACACAUAUACAAGAGGGGAAACCCAUAAUUCCCAAUUUCCAGAAAUGGGCAGAAACCAAAAACAUUCAUUCAAACUCAUCAAGAAAGAUGUGCUCACAUUGUACUUUGAUAUGCCCAGUUCUUUUGAUGGGUUAGUCAACAAAGUGUGGGCUCGAUCAAGAUCCAUUAGACUUCGAUUUGGUAUGAAUCUGUCUCCCUUUAUCCAAGAAAAUCAAAACCCAUUGGCAUUUGGCAAUGCAUGACCCCAAAAAAAUCAUCAAAAAAGCAAGAACAUUGAUGUCAAACACACACAAACUGUGUAAGAAAAUGGAGAAAGAGAGUGUUGAGUACAGGAAAAUCGUAUUCUGUGGGAGUGCUGAGGAGACGGGUGGGAUAGUACCAAUGGGAUUGCAGUCUUUCAAGAGAUUUCUGAUCCAUUCUUGAAAUGUUCUUUGAGAAAGAGAGCAAUGUAGUUCUGUAUAUAAUUGCCUUCACAGGAGCAGAAGAAUGGAGAAGGAGAAGAAGAAGAAGAAUGAAGAAAUGGCUUCUUGCACUCUUAUACUCGAUGCUUAUUUCGAGCCAAAAUCUUUAAGAUUACAAUUCUUGAUGAAAAUUUUGACUCUCUCGUCCAAGGAGACACUGGAUUAUCUUAAGGUUAUUGAAGAAGAUUGUGUCCAUUUUUUUUUUUUCAGUAUUUGCCACGUAUGCAUAUAAGCGAAACCCAUGAGGCCAUGAUGACAGUUGUGAGUUCAAAGUUCAAACUAUAUGUAUGCAACAACAAUUUUUUUUUUUUUGAGUGACGAGGAAAAUCGGUGAGUGGUAAAUUUGA